UAAAAAUAUAUACCCUAACCGCAGUCUGCGAUCGGGACCUGGUUUCCAUGGUAGCAGUAAACAGGUCGAUGGGAACAGGUACCAGUUGCACCAUGAUUUUCUCCUGUGAAACAGCCGCCACCGAAGUGAACUAAUAGGCAUGUGGACAUCAGCAGCAGAAUGUGUUAGACCAGACCACAAAACACAGACCACCUUGAAGAAUGAGAGCUGAUUCCAGUAUGAAAACCACAGAGUCCAAAUUGACUGUCCAACUGGACGAGGGAGAACAUCAAGCUCCUGACAGAUGUUGCACACCUUGCACACACAGUGCAAGUGCGGGAGAUGAUGGAAGCCAGUCUAUGGAUCAGACUGCUGUAGUCCAACAAUGCAAGCAAGAUGAAGAAAAAAGCCCACAAAUAACUACACCUCCUGAGGGCAAACUUCGUCGCAGUAUUACCAGUUUGCCUGUUUUUAAUCCAGAGAGACUGAGGAUAGCCAAAGCUCAGGUGGACAAAGCUGUCAAGAUGCAUAAGGUCUUCUCUGUCCACGGUCCUUACCCUGUCAUCCGGGAAGCACUGAGGGCCAGAGGAUGGGUGGAGCAGUUCAAGCCUCGCUCCAAACGCCAUGCACACAAGCAUCACAGUGAUGUGAGCAGAACCAACAGCUUUCACAGUAAUGACGCUGGUGAAAGUGAUGACAGUGAUGACAACUCAGAGUCUGAAAAAGAGCCAGAUCCAGAUGGACUGUAUGACAUCAUGUCUCGCUUGGUCCGCCAUGAAAUGGUUUAUUUCUACUGGACGAACCGAAGAGAUGCCAUCAACACUAACAAUCUGUACAAAGAGCAAAUUACCAAUCAUUUUGCAAAAGCAGGAAGCUUUACCACCAAAGUGGGAUUAUGUGUGAACCUCGGGAAACUGCACUGGUUUGAUUCGGCAGAUCCAGACACUUUCUUCCCCCGCUGUUAUAGACCGGCAGCACAGGGUGAAAAGCAUGCCUUCAUUGAGGACUACAGAAGAACUGCCUGCGUUAGUCUGUUGAAGUACAUUGUGGAGAGAGAACAGGGCGACAAAACGAGUGGCAUAAUUCAUACAGUUCAGAAUAAGAAAAAAAGACAGAAACGCCGAUACAAAUCAGUGGUGCUUCCUAAAGUGAUUGACUUUGCUCUAAAAGUAUGCCAAGAGUUUCUGGAGAGUCUGGAGCACAACGACAUAGACAUAGGCUUGGAGUCACCACACACACUUACAGAAGAGCAAUGGACAGACUUUAUUGAGAGUUACUACCUCAUUGUUCAUCGUGGAAUAGAGACUGAGAACUGUAAUCAUUUGGUGAACUGCUGUAAGAAUAUGCUGCAAAAGCUCAGGGAGGUCAGUCCACAGCUGGACAUAGAUGGCAUACACAACAUCUGGAUCAUCAAACCUGGAGCAAAGUCCAGAGGCAGAGGGAUCAAAUGUGCCAAACGCCUGCAUGAUAUCCUCAGGCUGACAGACGGUGAUCCGACCCUGAUCAGGGAUAGCAAGUGGGUAGUCCAGAAGUAUCUGGAGCGUCCCUUACUGGUCCAUGACACCAAAUUUGAUGUGCGCCAGUGGUUCCUGGUCACGGACUGGAACCCUCUUACUGUGUGGUUCUAUAAAAAGUGUUAUUUGCGCUUUUCCACACAGCUUUACUCACUGGAUACACUAGACAGCUCUGUACACUUGUGCAAUAACUCCAUCCAGAAGCAUCUGAUGCCUUCCCAACAACGCCAUCGAGGCAUCCCAGCGGACAACAUGUGGUCAGAUGAGCAGUUCAAGACCUUUCUGUCAAGCCAGGGUCAGGAAGCUCAGUGGGAGUCUGUUGUCAUCUGUGGGAUGAAGAAGGCUGUGAUCCAUGCGUUGCAGACAGCACAGGACCUAGUGGAGUCACGCAAAAACACUUUUGAACUGUACGGAGCCGACUUCAUGUUAGGUCAUGACUUGCGUCCAUGGUUAAUAGAGAUCAAUGCCAGUCCCACCAUGGCUCCAUCCACACCUGUGACAGCCCGUCUGUGUGCUGCUGUACAGGAGGACACAUUACGAGUUGUCCUGGACCGAAGAACAGAUCGCACUGCCAACACUGGAGACUUUGAGCUCAUAUACCGACAGGCAGCAGUAAAGGUUCCACAGUAUUUAGGAAUCAAACUACUCGUUGAGGGUUUUGAGAUCAAAAGCUCCUGUCCACUUCCUCCUCUGCGGUCCGCCAAACAUUCAGCAUCAAAACGCUGCGGCCCCGACAAGAACAAGGAGUCUGCAGCAGAAAAAGCACCGCCUCUGCCAAAGACAUCAUUCAAAGGUACAGUGAAUCAUCUGAAGAACGCCGACAGUGCAGUUGUGCUACGUCCUCCUGUGCCCUGCGCGACACCUGUGUCCACGCUGAGUGAAACCUUAACACUUAACCUCCCGCUGACUGUGACCAAGUCCAUCUACCUGCCCAUAAGUGCUCACUCUCUGUUUUCACGCAGAACUUCAGGGUUAUCAAAGGCCUACGCUGACAGAUUUAAACCCUGUAACAUGCAAAAGUAUCCUCAUUUGGCUUUGGAGAUGACUGUUCCAAAAUAAGUCCAUUCAUUGAGCCACCAGGACUUGAACACUGGCCUAUAAAAAACAUAAACACAUCAGGAAAUAAAAGCAUUGAGACUGUCAUU